AUGGCGAAUUCUUUCAACAACCCGACGCAGAUCUUCGGUGAGGAUGUUACUGAAGAAAAGGGUGAAAACGCGCGAUUGUCAGCCUUUGUUGGCGCCAUUGCCGUUGGCGACCUGGUUAAGAGUACCUUAGGGCCAAAGGGAAUGGACAAGAUUAUGCAAUCUGCCUCGACAGGAGAGAUCAUGGUUACAAACGACGGAGCUACGAUCCUUAAGGCUAUUGCGCUUGAUAAUGCCGCUGCCAAAGUUUUAGUCAAUAUUUCGAAGGUUCAAGACGACGUGGUGGGGGAUGGAACUACAUCAGUUACAGUGUUGGCCGCGGAGCUUCUACGUGAAGCCGAGAAACUUGUUGAGAAGAAGAUUCACCCUCAGGUCAUCAUCGACGGAUACCGGAUAGCUAGCCGUGCUGCCCUGGCAGCCUUGGAAGCAUCUGCAGUAGACAAUAGCGCCGACCCUGUUGCCUUCCGAAAAGACCUACAAGCCAUCGCACGAACGACCCUUAGCUCCAAAGUUUUAAGCCAGGACCGAGACCAGUUUGCCAGCCUUGCCUGCGAUGCAGUGCUAAGAUUAAAGGGAUCUACCGAUCUCAGUCAUAUACAGAUCAUUAAGAAAGCUGGUGGAAAACUCUCUGAUUCUUAUCUCGAUGAGGGGUUCAUUUUGGAUAAGAGCAUCGGAGUCAACCAACCUAAGAGACUUGAGAAUGCGAAGAUUCUAGUCGCCAACACCGGUAUGGACACUGAUAAGGUCAAGAUCUUUGGUGCCAGAGUCAAAGUCGACUCCACCGGAAAGUUGGCUGAGCUCGAGAAGGCGGAGAAGGAGAAGAUGCGGGCAAAGGUCGAAAGAAUCAAGGCUCACGGAAUUAACUGCUUCGUCAACCGCCAGCUUAUCUACAACUGGCCCGAACAGCUUUUCACAGAUGCUGGCAUAGUUUCAAUUGAGCAUGCCGAUUUCGAUGGUAUCGAGCGUCUUGCCUUGGUGACUGGCGGCGAGAUCGCGUCCACCUUCGACCACCCUGACCAGGUUAAACUUGGCCAUUGCGAUUUGAUCGAAGAGGUGAUUAUUGGAGAGGAUACCCUGAUCAAGUUCUCCGGCGUCGCUGCUGGCCAAGCUUGCACCAUCGUUCUCCGGGGCGCUACCGGACAACUCCUCGACGAAGCCGACAGAUCUCUACACGAUGCCCUGGCUGUCUUAUCCCAGACUGUUCGAGAACCCAAGGUCACCCUUGGCGGCGGAUGUGCGGAAAUGGUUAUGGCUAAGGCCGUUGAGCAUACCGCACAGAACACCACUGGAAAGAAACAGCUUGCUGUCGACGCAUUUGCUCAAGCAUUGAAACAGCUCCCCACCAUCCUUGCUGACAACGCAGGUCUUGACUCCAGCGAUCUUGUCACCAGACUUAGACAAGCCAUCAACAAGGGUUUGACCAGCUCAGGUCUAGACCUACUCACCCCCGGUGGAGGUAUCGCUAACAUGCGCGAGAUUGGCGUUGUGGAAAGUUACAAGCUCAAGCACGCCGUUGUCUCAUCGGCUUCGGAGGCUGCUGAGCUACUUCUACGAGUUGACAACAUUAUUCGCAGCGCCCCACGAAGGAGAGACCGAGCUUAG